CGUGGAUAGUCUUUCUGAUCUGUGAUUGUCAAGUCACCAAAAGCCGAAGUGAUACUACUAUACAGAAAAGAAAGUUAAAACUUGCUAUCUUAUUUUAAUUUUGAAUAACGCGUUUAAAUUAGUAAGUGUGAAUAAUAGGAAUAAACAAUGGACGACGAUUUACCGACUGACUUUCAGGUCAUCGUCGUUGGCACAGGCAUGGUGGAAUCAAUAGUAGCAGCCGCCUGCAGUAGGAUAGGUAAAAAUGUUCUCCACCUGGACUCCAGUGAUCACUAUGGUGGACUUUGGGCUUCUUACAACUUUGAUGGCCUCCAGAAAUUCAUUAAAGAAGUAAACUCUGAUCCAAAUAGACAGCAACAAGUUUAUAAUCUUUCUGAAAAGUGGUAUAUAGAAAAGGAUUCUCCACAAGAAGAAAAAAAUGCAGAGGGAGAAGAAAAGACUGAAGAUAGCCAAGCUGAGCCUCCCAAGAAGGUGUGGAGUCAAGCAAACUUCACAUCUGAAUAUAGGAAAUUUAACAUUGAUAUGACUCCCAAAUUAUUAUUCUCCCGUGGUCCUCUUGUGGAGCUCUUGAUCUCAUCCAAUAUCGCCCGUUACGCGGAGUUUCGUUGCGUUACUCGCGUCCUAACGUGGCUUAACGACCGUCUGAUGCCGGUGCCAUGCUCCCGAGCCGAUGUGUUCGCUACUGAGGCGGUCGGCAUCGUGGAGAAGAGGAUGCUUAUGAAGAUGCUCACCUCUAUUGUUGGUUACAACGAAGAGGAAAUGAACAAUGAGUUUAAAGAUUGGAAUGACAAGACAUUUAAAGAGUACCUAACACACAAGGGGCUGACUCCAAAUCUGAUCCACUAUGUAUUGUAUGCGAUCGCCGGUGGCACGGACAAGAUGCCGUGUCUGGAAGGGGUGAAGGAAUGCAAGAAGUUCCUCAUGAGCCUUGGCCGUUAUGGCAACACUCCAUUCCUCUGGCCCAUGUAUGGAAGUGGGGAACUGCCUCAGUGUUUCUGUAGGCUUUGCGCGGUAUUCGGCGGCGUGUACUGCUUGAACCGGCCGAUCGAUAAAGUGGAGACGAAAAUGGUGGACGAAGGCAAGACUGUCGUCUCAAUAGAGAGCAAAUCCAAGACGCUGAAUUGUGACCAUCUGGUCAUUGGGAUCAAUGAAUGCCCCAAAGAGCUACUCGCGCCGGAGCCAGCGGAGAGCUGCGAUAUCUCCAAAGCGAUUUUCAUAACGAAUGGCACGAUCUUGCCAAGCGAGAAAGAACCACUUAGUCUUUUGCGUUUCCCACCACUAAGUGAAAAGGACAAUGCUGUCACUGUGCUAGAAGUCGGAGCAGCCACUGGAUCCUGUCCAAAGGGACUAUUUGUGGUGUACUUCAUAACGAACAAAGUGACGGACGCUGAAAGUGACCUGAGGCCAUAUGCUGAGAAAAUAUUCGAUAUGUCUGGCGGCGACCAGACCUCCAUAUCUGACAAACCAAAGUGCCUGUGGUCGCUAUUCUACAACGCGGCGGACGGCGGCGGGGUGAGCAGCGCUGCGGCGAGCGACGCCGGCGGCGUGUACGUGUGCGCCGGGCCCGACGCCGGCCUCGACUUCGAUCGUGCCGUCUUACAGGCGGAGGAGAUUUUCAAGAAGAUCUGCCCAGGUGAGGAGUUCUUGCCACGCGCUCCCGACCCAGAGGAGAUCGUGUUCGAGGAUGAUGUCACUCACGGACCGGAGUUCCGGCGUGAAGAUGAAGACGCGGACGGCGACGCGGCCAAAGAGUAGUCGUGUGCCACCCGCUAGCGAUACAAUUCCAACAGUGCGUUUGAACAAAUAUAUCCUUACAGAAGACAGAGCUUUCCUAUAAAUCAUGGCAUUUGUUUACAGAGCGGACUAAUGGUAACACCUUAAGGUGGAUUUAGACUAACGCAAUAGAAAUCACAGAAACAAGGCUGUUUAGAGUAAUGUAACAACGCAAGUACAAUGUAUGAAAUUGUUUGCGAUUGCAGCGGACCUGAAGCCUGCUCAUAGAUAUCUCCUAGCAUGAUUACAUUAAAUUAAAGUUGAAAGAGUAGGGUAAAAUUUGCUUGCAUGGUUUAAAUUCACUUUUACGUAACGCUGUAUGUGGAAUACUGGAUUUUUAUUUCUAAGUCCGGUAACUGAUAACUGGUGCCGUGUUUCUGUUAGCGAUAUAAAUAUAGAAACGGUCAAACGCACUGAAUAGUUACUAAGGUGUAAUCUCAGUAAGAUUUAUACGCUUUGGUCGCUUGACUUCAUGCAUUCCCGACUGGUGCGUGCGGUGCGAUGCACUUACAUGGUUACGAAACUCGUUCACCUGCUGAGUUUACUAUAUUAUUGAAAUAAACAUAAUCUCGUAUUUAAUUAUAUUUAUUGAUAUAUCAUGAUUAUAUAAGUUUAGUUAACUUAGCAGGUCGGAUUGGCGGUGUCGGCCGCUGUACGCGACACAGUGCUAGGUUGUCUUGAUGAAAGUGAGCAAGAUAAAUUCAUAGCCAGUAUUAAAACAAAAUAAGUCGGUUGUCCUCAGAGAUUUCCAGAUUAAUUAAAAUUAUUUGUGUAAUCAAAAUAUGAGGAAAGUCAUUAUGAUAGAAAUUAUAGUUUAACUAUUAUAUACUAUACAAUGGAUAAUUUGUGUCUAGCAUGCUCUCUAUUGAUAUUUAUGAUAGCAGAUCUUAGUAUGAAACCAAAGUAUUACAUUGGAAUGUAUAUGAGGCGUGUGCAAUCAGGACAGGCAGGUAUAGUUAGCAUUAGUUAGGAUGCAGUUUUGAAAUGUACGAACAUUUUGGACGCACCAGUCUAAAGCAUAGAUUGUAGCACUAUUAUUUUUAUUUUUGUUUAAAUUAGCACUUUAUGAUAUUUAUUGUCAGAUGAAGAUAAUCAUGCCUGCGCAGCUUGUGCAUUUAUAAUUCCAAUAAAUUGUGAUUAUUAGAAUU